AUGGCAGCACUUGUAGUAAUCGAAGCAGUUCGAGAUGCCGAACGCCCACGGAUAGAACGUAUUUUUCGUGAACGAACGGAGGUUUUAGACUCCAGUAACGAUUUUGAAUUAAUUUCCAAAUACUGGUUUCCAAGGAACAGUAUUAUCGAGCUCAUCGAACUGAUAAAGAAUGAUGUUGCAAGACCAACAUCGAGAUGUUGUGCGCUGCCAGUGCAUAUUCAGAAUGUUGGGGUUUUUUUUCAUUUUCUUCUUCUUCAUGUCUUUCAGGUGUUGGCAACACUUCGUUUUUUAGCAAAGGGGAAUUUUCAGUCUGAAACUGGCGACAUUCAUGGAAUUUCACAGAGUUCUGUUAAUGUUUGCUUGACAUUGUGCAGAAGACUAGACAAUAUUAACUUCCCUGAAGGUGCAGCAGACCUAAGAAGUAUUAAAGGAGCAUUUUAUAACAUAUGUGGAUUUCCGAACGUUGUGGGAGCAUUAGAUGGUACGCUGAUCUCUAUCCAGGGAAUGGCAGGUGAUGAUGAAAAAAUCUACGUGUGCCGGAAGGGUUACCACUCACUUAAUAUACAAGGUGUUGAGGAUGCUAACAUGAGAUUUCUUAACAUCAAUUGCAAAUUCCCUGGAUCUACCCACGAUGCCUUCAUACUGGCUAGCUCAGGUGUUUCGAAUAUCAUGGAGAACCUACCUGAGGGAGGAUGGCUUGUCGGUGACUCUGGCUACCCUCUGAAGACAUGGUUGAUGACACGACUCACCAACCCACAAACCCAGCAAGAGACGCGUUACAAUAACGCACAUUGCAAGACAAGGACUGCUUUUGAGAGAUCGUUUGGUGUACUGAAGUCAAGAUUCAGGUGUAUCCAUAAAACUGGAGGUGCCUUGGCCUAUUCACCACUUAAAUGUGCAAAAAUUAUCGAGACUGCCUUCAGACUGCACAGCAAAGCUAUUGAGGACAGGAUCCCUGUUUUGCAUGGAGGAGAGGUAGUAAACCGAUGCCACAAUGACAUUUUAAGAGAGCAUGCUCAGGGAAAUGCUCAAAAUAUUAGAGCAAGACUGAUAUAUAGAUUUUAAUAUGAAAUAUGUUAAUGCUGUCACUGGGCUAGCAGAAUUUGUUUCCUAAUUAUUUAUUGAACUUUAGAAAAAUGCAGGACAAUUAUUUUGCAGCAAAGUAUCAAUAAUUACAUGAAAUUAUUGAAAUAAAAUUUUCCAAAUAAUUCUAAAAAAACAAAUUGUUGAUUUAAUCAAGUGGUGGAGCUAGUCCUGUGUUGGUCUAUGACUGCUGAUUAUCACUGUAUAAGUGUGGCCAAAGUCGAGGUAGAAUAACUAUUUAUUUGUAACAGUUUCAUUAUAGUAUUGUGACUUAUGCAAUAUAAUUGGAAACGUCACUCGAUGAUGUAUCAGUUAUAUUUCACAAAACAACUUAAAAGUUACAGUGUCUGGUUACCAUAUAAUAAUAUCAUGCACAAAUAUGAAAUAUAAGUUCAACUACACUUUUAGAAAAUAUAUUUUCUGGGGGAA